AUGGCUUCACGUUUUGACCAUACGAACGAGCUUCCAGUAUCGUCGGACGUUACCUUGAACUCUGAAACGCAUUCGACAGCGGGGGACCCAGAGAAGGAACUCGAGCGCUCCCACGAAAAAGACUUGGAAAACGAUGGAGCACUUGCUCAACUACCUGGCGGCGAGAAGCCAACGCCGCCCCAGAAAGACCCGAACUUGGUAGAAUUCGAUGGACCCGAUGACCCCGAGAACCCGCAGAAUAUGCCAUACUGGAAGAAAUGGGUGUUGACGAUGACAUUGUCUUCAAUGACCAUGUGGAUCACCUUUGCAAGCAGUGUCUUUUCGACCGCUACUGUGGUGACGGCCAAGGAAUUCAACGUUUCGACCGAAGUUAUGACAUUGGGAACCAGUUUGGUUGUCUUUGGAUUCGCCCUGGGACCUUUAAUGUGGUCACCUCUGUCUGAAUUGUACGGACGCAGACUGCCAUUGUUCUUUGGCUACGCCGUGUUCGCGAUCUUCCAGAUCCCAGUUGCUGUCGCGCAGAACCUUCAAACCAUCAUGAUUUGUCGCUUCCUGAUGGGUGUGUUUGGCUGCUCUCCUCUGGCCGUUGUUGGUGGUGCUAUGGCCGACUUCUGGAACCCUAUCGACCGUGCUGUGGCUAUCGCAAUGUUCUCGGCUGCAACUUUUGUUGGACCCGUUCUCGGUCCCAUCGUUGGUGGUUUCAUCACAGACUCGCAUCUCGGCUGGCGCUGGACGGCUUGGAUCACUUUGAUCGCCUCGGCAACCUUUGGCAUGAUCGCCCUUAUCAUCAUCCCCGAGACGUACGCACCCGUUAUCUUGCAAAAGCGCGCUGCCCGCCUCCGCCGAGAGACCGGAAACUGGGCACUGCACUCAGCUCUGGACGAGAGCCGCCCUACUGCAUCGGAAAUCGUCACCAAGUAUCUGGUGCGCCCGAUCCAAAUGCUGUUCCUGGAGCCCAUUCUCCUCUUGAUCACCAUCUACCUUGCCCUGAUCUACGGCAUCCUGUACCUGUUCUUCGAGGCCUACCCCGUCUCCUUCCAGGAGGUUCGCGGAUGGACCAACGGAGGCGUUGCCGGACUCCCCUUCCUCGGAAUCAUGAUCGGAGUACUCUGCGGAGUGGCCCUGAUCAUCUGGCAGACGAAGACCCGGUUCGCGCGCAAACUGGCGAAGCACGGCCGUGUUGUCCCGGAGGAGCGUCUCGUCCCCAUGAUGAUCGCGUCGGUCCUGCUGCCCGCAGGACUCUUCUGGUUCGGCUGGACCUCUGACCGCAACAUCUCCUGGGUGCCUCAGGUCAUUGCUGGCGUGCCCAUCGGCAUGGGUAUCCUGGUGAUCUUCAUGCAGGGUCUCAACUACAUCAUCGACGUCUAUCUCAUGUUUGCCAACUCGGCCAUCGCUGCGAACACGCUCGUUCGGAGCAGUCUCGGAGGCGCUUUCCCGCUCUUCUCCGUGCAGAUGUACCAUAAGCUGGGCGUCGACUGGGCUUCCAGUCUGCUUGGCUUCAUCACCGUCGCGAUGAUCCCUAUCCCCGUGGUCUUCUUCAUCUAUGGUAAGAAGAUCCGGGCGAUGAGCAAGUUCUCUCCGAAGCUGUGA